GAAGGCAUUGCUGCUGGAGGUGUAAUGGAUGUUAACACUGCCCUUCAAGAAGUGCUUAAGAUCGCACUCAUCCAUGAUGGUUUAGCCCGUGGAAUUUGUGAAGCUGCCAAAGCCUUAGACAAACACCAAGCCCACCUUUGUGCUCUUGCAUCAAACUGUGAUGAGCCCAUGUAUGAUAAGCUUGUUGAAGCACUUUGGGCUGAACACCAAAUCAAGAAAGGAAAACCCUGCAAAGUUGUGGACUGCAGUUGCAUGGUUGUAAAAGACUAUGGCAAAGAAUCUCAGGGCAAAGAUGUUAUCGAAGAAUACCUCAAGUGCAAGAAAUGA